CUGACUUGUCCCAAAUUUGGCAUAACCCCCCUUAGGAUUUUCUUACUUUAAAAUUACCUGUAGUUUGUUUUCUUUUCUACUUCACUUGUUCUCUCGUCCUCUCUUCAUUACAACUUCGCUCGUUUCCCUCUAGUCAAGAUGGCCUUGCCGGUCUCUGCCAUAGGAUUUGAAGGGUAUGAAAAAAGGCUUGAGGUAUCAUUCUUUGAACCUGGCAUCUUUUCUGACCCUGGGGGCAUGGGCCUCCGGUCAUUGUCUAAAUCUCAAUUGGAUGAGAUCCUCGAACCAGCUGAGUGCACCAUUGUUUCUUCAUUGUCGAAUGAUUACGUGGACUCUUAUGUCCUUUCUGAAUCUAGCCUUUUCGUGUAUCCUUACAAAGUUAUCAUUAAAACUUGUGGGACUACAAAAUUGCUUCUCUCCAUCCCAGCAAUCCUUAAAUUGGCUGAUGCCCUGUCCCUUGCAGUGAGAUCUGUGAGAUACACUAGGGGAAGCUUUAUUUUUCCUGGGGCGCAGUCAUUUCCACAUCGGAGCUUCUCAGAGGAAGUAGCCGUCCUUAAUGGCUAUUUUGGCAAGCGUGGUCUGGCCGGCAAGGCAUUUGUGAUGGGUGGCCCGGACAAAUCUAAAAGAUGGCAUGUUUACUCUGCUUCUGCCAAAUCAGUGAGUCAGUCGAGCCCUGUUUACACUCUAGAAAUGUGCAUGACCGGUUUGGACAGAAAGAGGGCAUCAGUUUUCUAUAAAACUAAUGGAAGUUCAGCAGCCCUGAUGACUGAAGAUUCUGGUAUUAGAAAGAUUCUUCCUCAAUCUGAGAUAUGUGACUUCGAGUUUGAUCCUUGUGGGUACUCCAUGAAUGCUAUUGAAGGUGCUGCAAUUUCUACCAUCCAUGUUACACCAGAAGAUGGGUUCAGUUAUUCAAGUUUUGAAGCUGCUGGCUAUGACUUUGAAGAUGUGAAUUUGACGCAGCUAGUUGAGAGGGUUUUGGCUUGCUUCCAACCUACUGAGUUCUCUGUAGCUAUGCAUACUGACAUUGCGGAAAAGGAACUUCGAACCAAGUUCCCUCUGUACUUGAAGGGCUACAAUUGCGGGGAGACGGGAUAUGAAGGGCUUGGGCUAGAUGGGUCUAUCAUCUAUCACAGCUUUGUCAGGGCCGAAAGCUGUGCAUCUCCCAGAUCUAUUCUGAAGUGCUGCUCUUGGAGCGAGGACGAGAAGGAUGAUGAAGUUGAAGAAAAGAAUUAGUCUUCUAUUUUACUGUUUUUGUAGUUGAAUUCGUUCUAUUUUACUUGUUUGUUUCGCCUGAAUAAAAAAGUUGGGGUUAUGUUGUCCGAGUGGGGCAAUGAAGUA